GCUCGGCGAGUCGGAAGCGACGAGGUCGACAGCACGUUCAUCCCCGACCCCAGCUCUUCCAUACGUACGUACACCCCGUAUGUCUUCCUCUUUGCAGGUCACCGUCUGCUCAUGCUCCUGUGCAGCUCCCGAAGAAGAGACCGCGAUACGGCAUCUCACCUUCUGGCGCGACGGCUUCAGUGUCAAGGACGGGGACUUCAUGCGCUACGACGACCCCAAAUCCUCAACGAGAUCGACUCUGGGUGCGUAUACUCGACAUCCACCCGGAACCGUAUCGUAUGACACUGACUCGUGUUCACGCAGCCGCGCGCCGCCGCACAUCCUCAACGUCUCCCCCGGACAGCCAGUCGAGCUCCGCGUCGUGAAGCAGCUCAGCGACGAGUUCGUGGCGCCGCCCAAGGCGCGCAACGUGUUCUCCGGCGAAGGACACCGCCUCGGCUCGCCCGUCCCGUGCAUCGCGGGCCUCGGCGCGGCCGCGUCUGUCGACAUGUUGGGGAGCCUCCCCGUGACCGCAACUGGGAGUGUAGGACUCCCAAGAGAGCCGAGCGCACGCCGGGCGAGUGUGCGGUCGGCGGAGAGCAUCAACACGCGCUUCGAGGUCAACCAGAGCCUGCCGACGAUGAGCGCGCAGGUGCGCCUCGCGGACGAGACGAGGAUGGUGUGCCGGAUGAACCUGACACACACCGUGGGCGACAUCCGCAACUUAAUCAACGCGUGGGUGGCUCCGUCUGCCCGGGGAUGUGGGCACCGUCUGAUUGAUGUGUGUGUAGGUUGCGCCCGAAUGGUCCCGCUGGCACUUGCCGCCCGCCUUGGACGGUAGCCUCAAGGCUACCGUGUGUGACGUGCGCUUAAAAGCGAUCCUUACAGCGAUGUGCAUGGGUCCCGCCGCACGAAUCAUGCGGACGGGUCAAUGAGCAGGCACUGAAUGAGUGGGCCAGCUAGGGAAUGAACGGGCGAGUGGGCGAUCAGCUGAAGUGUGAGCAAGACGUGCGAGCAGGGCAAACAAGGAGGCGGGCGGGCGAGCAAGGUGUGCGCGCAGGCAAAAGGGCACGUGGCAAGUGAGAAAGAUGCAUGGACGAGCGAGGAGACACGUAAGCAGAUGAGACGGGCAUACAGCAGGGCGGGCGAGCGGGCAGUAGACAAGCAGCGGGUGAUUGCACACUAGGUGAUGGUGGUGGUAGGAG